CGCAGGGUGCACUUGGGCCCGGUUCAGCUCCCGCAGCGCUUAACCUUCUGAGGUGCCGGAGGCUGCCAGUCAGGGAAUGAAAACCGUGCAGGCGGGACGGGGAGGCAGCGGCAGCACGGAUUUCCUGCACGCCCCGGGACUUCAGAGACUGGAGGUGGAAAGGAGAUUGUGGUGAUCGGUGGGUGUGGUCCCCUUGUUCGAAAUGUGACUUUCCAGGUCAAAGACAGUCAUAGUACUCAGGGAAUUUAUACAUUUGAGCACAUGUUUAUACAUCCCAGGUUGCGUUUACUGUGUGUUUGAGAUACUGUUAAUACUCAGUCACUGACGUUGACUGGGUACCUUGGAAUGUAAUAAGUAUUUUCUGAAUGUGUUUAUUCUCUCAACUGCCACAGGCAUUGGAGAUACAGUGGUGAUGUGGAUGGUGUAAGUGAUGGUCUCUCUCCUUGUGACACUUCCAUUAUCGUUAGGAAGAUAAAACACAGUAACAGAGAACUAUGCAAGGCCAGUUAUGUGACAGAGCCCAGAGGGAAGUGAGCAGAGGAGAGGAACAGCAGGGAUGGUUCUGGAAAUCAAGAAAGAUUUUGUAGGGGAGGUGGGACUUUGAUGGAAUUGAAAGCAGGUACUCAGCCAAGCAUUGAGUCUGUUUGUAGGAACCUGAGACGAUAGAAAUGCUGGUGAUACCUUCCACAGUUCUCUAGCACUUUGCGGUUUAUAAAGUACUUUCAAAUGUUACCUCCUGAAGUCUUGCCACAAGCUGCAGGUUGGUCAGGUGUUGUUUUUCUCAGUGCCUGCAUGAAGAAACAAAAGCUUAGAAUGUGUAACUACUAAAGAUAAUAUGGUCAAAUGAGGGCUGGGUUGGUAUUCAAUUUUAGAACUGCAGGCUAGUCCUCAUCCUUUCAGUGGCUGAGUGCCAUCUGAGUAAUGGUUUUUAUCAGGCCCUGUGGCAGUUGGAUGCUUUCAUGGAAGUCCCUGUGAAAUUGGUAAGGUUGAAUUUUAUGUGGCAAAUGAGGAUGCUAAUUCAGCAAGGUUAGGUUAUUUGACCAAAUUUAUCAUAGAGCUGGAACUCAAAACUUCAUUUUUCUGAUUCUAGAUCUUUGUCUUUUGUUUUUUAAUCAUGCCAUAGGAGGAUGGGAACACUUUUGUCUAGGGUGAUUGUAGUUUACAGAAAAGAUGUGGAGGAGAAAGGAACAUUUGUUGAGCACCUGGCAUCUCCUAGUUAUUGUGUGAGGUGAUUGUACAUGCUAGGAUGUUAUUUAAUCCUAACACAACCUGAAAGUUGGUCUUUGCCGUUGUUUUACAGAUGACCUGGCGGAGGUAAUUUGUUUUUCUGGUAACAGUGUAUAAAACAUAAAAAGAGUAUAUGUUCCAGGCACUCUUACAGGUUAGGACUUGGUGACCAGUGUAAUGAAGUGGAGGUGGGGAGCAGGGCAGAGGGAGGGAAGAAUGAGUGGAAGAUGAUCCAAGGUUUCAAACUUAGGGGACUGGAAUAAUGAUAAUGCAUUAACUGAACUGCCACCUAAGUUUAGGGGAAAAAGCUUAGUUUCAGACAACUUGAAUUUGAGCUGGCAGACAGAAGUUCCUGCCCACAGGCUGUUGGAAUCGUGGCACUGACCUUGGAGAUGGAGGAACGGGAGCAGUUUGAGGGAGAGAGAAGAGCCGAAGGUGGAGGGCAGUUCUUUGGGGAACAAUCCCAGUGAAGGGACGAGAGAAGAAGAGGUGGUGUGAUUGGUGGGGGACAGAGGGAAGUGGGCAGGACAGUAAGUUUCACAGAAAACAAGGGGACAGUUUCCAGCAGAUGGUUAAGAAGGGUGUCUUGUUUGUUGAAAGUGAUUCCCAACUGUCAGCAUUGCCCAAGGAACUUUAAAAAAGCAGACAUUCUCUGGGUGUUUUGGUUGGGUAGAUCAAGAUGAAUCCUGGGAGCUAUUCUUGUAUGCACAGAGGCAUUUGGCAGGAGGCUUGUAAAGCGAGUUCAGGAUUGGGCAAGAGUUGUUGUGGGGUGGGACAUUAGGAUACUGAGUCAGAUUGAGUGACUGCGCUGUGGUGCAGCACAGUGUUACCUCUCAGUGGUGUUGGGUGAUGACCUGAUCCCCACUCCUACUCCUCUGCUUCCCCGGGGGUUUCUUCUCUGCUGACUUGAAGGAAUAUGUCCACCCCACCUGAGGUGGGGCGCUUGGGGAUCUCUUCAGAACACAGGCAAAGAGGGUUUGGAUGGGAGUAUUGGGGUGCUUUGUUCUGGAACUCAGAAGUUCUCCCCUGAUAUUUUGGGGUGUGGACUGUUGGUGUGGUUAGCGUAAGGCUUCUCAGACUUUUCCUCCUACUUGUAAGGGCUUGCACAGCCUGGAUGCACAGCCUGAAGGACCCUCAGCAGGAAAGAUGCACGUGAAAAUCCCAUUCCCCUCCAUCAUGUAUUAGUAUGUUUAAAAAAAAAAAAAAGUUUAGAAUGCCAUUUCAUUCAUGUCGGUUGAUACUCUGUGUUUAUCCUGGAGUCCAGUUUGACAGGCCUGCUAAGUAGAAGCUCCCCCAGGAGAAUCAGGAAAUCCGGCUCUGUCUGUUCCUCACUGAAUUUGUUGGGAAAUCUCGGGAGAGUCACUCUCAUCUGUCAGUUGAGAAGGUUGAUUGGAGGUCACAGGUGCCUCAUGCAGCUCCACAAUUCUGUGAUUCUAGAAUGAGUGCCGAGGUCAGUAGCGAGUAGAGAGGUGAAACAGGUGGCCAGUUAGAGGAGGUAGGAGUGCUGAGUGAGCAGAGGCAUUGGGUGCGAUGAGGAGUAUCAGGCCUGGGGUUCCAGGGAAGUCCCAGGGGUUAGGAGAGAGCUUCGCUGUUGCUUUUUUUGUGGAGUUAAGAUGAAGAUCUGGGGCUUAAGGAGGAUGAGUGGCUCUGAGGGCAAAGGGUCUGCUGUCAUAAACAUGGAUGUGAGAGAAAUGAGUCAGGGGCUCAGGUUCUCUGAAGAAGUAGAAUUGGGUCUUUUAUUGUUUCUAGUUUUUAGCCGUACGAUUUUAUUCAUUUUCCUCUGCCUACAUCUCCUUUCAGUGUUCACUGCUUCCUAUAUGUAUAUUUUACUUCCUUCUUUUGCUGGUGGGACGUUGGGCAGGUUACUUACCCUCUCUGAGCGUUACUGUUCCUCAUCUUUGCAACGUCAGUGCUGUCUUCCUCACAGCACUUUUGUGAGGGUUUUGAGAGAAUGUUUGUAAAAACAUUUGCCAUAGUUCAGUAUGUUAGUAUCCUUCUUUUGUUCUGUCUUCCUGCUCAGUGCACAGCACUGAUUAUUUAAUAUCUGUCUGCAUUCUAGCCCUUUGGAAACUGAGUCCUACCAACUUUGUAAACAUUUUUAUUUUUUAUUUUAUUGAGACUAUUUUUUUAGAGCAUUUUUAGGUUCACAGCAAAAUUCAGGGGAAGAUACAGAGAUUUCCCAUAUACCCCCUACCCCCACACAUGUCCAGCCUCCCCCAUUAUCAACGUCCCCCACCAGACUGGUCUUUUUGUUACAAUUGAUGAACCUUCACAACACAUCAUAGUCACCCAAACUCGAGGUUUACUUUAUGGCUCACUCUUGGUGUUGUUCGUUCUAUGGGGUCUGGACAAAUGUGUGAUGACAUAUAUCCAUCAUUAUGGUGUCACAGAGUACUUUGAGUGCCCUAAAAAUCCUCUGUGCUCUGCCUGUUCAUCUCUUUCUCCCCUAACGCCUAGCAACCACUGAUUUUUUUUACUGUCUCUAAAGUUUUUCCUUUUCCAGAAUGUCAAACAAUUGGAAUCAUGUAGUAUGUAGCCUCUUCAGACUGGCUUCUUUCACUUAGUAAUAUGCAUUUAAGGUUCCUCCAUGUCUUUUCAUGGCUUGAUAGCUCAUUUCUUUUUAGCACUAAAUAAUAUUCCAUUGUCUGGUUGGACCACAGUUUAUUUAUUCACUCACCUACUGAAGGACAUCUUGCUUGCUUCCAAGUUUUGGCAAUUAUGUAAAGCUGCCAUAGACAACCAUAUGCAGGUUUUUGUGUGGACAUAAUUUUUACCUCCUUUGUGUAAAUACCAAGGAGCACUGUUGCUGGAUUGAAUGGCAAGAGUCUGCUCCCACCUGCUUACCAAGGUGAAUUUCCCAGCCUUCCUGCCUCUACCUACUGCAGGAGCUGUUUCUUGAUGACCUCACCUCUUGGAGCUGUGACAUUUCCUCCUGUAGUCCCUGCAGAAGAUGUGCCUUUUAUUCAAGGCGCCAUGUGGAUAUUUGCUGACCUGGAUUCCCAGGCAUUUCUAAGAUCCUCUCCUCAGCCUGCGCAAUGUGGGAAGACAGCAGCAGUCCAGUAUUCAAAACUUUUGACCACAUGGCCCGUCAGGAUGACGAAAAGCGGAGAAAGGAGCUGGAGGAGAAAUUCGGGAGAAAGGAGGAAGAGGAGGCCGUGGCUGCGGCAGUUGUGGCAGCUGAGCAGGAGCCAGCCCCAGCCCCAGCCCAGGAGGUGGAGAUCGACUCCGCCGUAGACUCUGCCGGGCCUCAGGGACCUCCAGGCCUGCGGAGCGUUGUGCAGGAGGUGGCCCAGGGCUCGAGGGAGGCAGAGCCGCCAGGAGCAGAUGCUGGUGCUGCUCAAGUCCCAAGGGAACCAACAGCUCUUCCCAAGAGACAGGAGCAGUUCCAGAGAAACCCCGACAGCUACAACGGUGCUGUGCGCGAGAACUACACCUGGUCGCAGGACUACACUGACCUGGAGCUCAAGGUGCCAGUGCCCAAGCACGUGGUGAAGGGCAGGCAGGUCUCAGUGGCUCUUCGCAGCAGCUCCAUCCGGGUGGCUGUGCUGGAGGAAAAUGGGGAGCGCGUCCUCAUGGAAGGGAAGUUCACGCACAAGAUCAACACUGAGAGCUCUCUCUGGAGCCUUGAGCCUGGGAAGUGCGUUUUGGUGAGCCUAAGCAAGGCUGGCGAGUACUGGUGGAGCGCCAUCCUGGAGGGGGAGGAGCAUAUCGACAUUGACCAGAUCAACAAGGAACGCUCCAUGGCCACAGUGGACGAGGAGGAGCAUGCCGUGCUGGACAGGCUCACCUUCGACUACCACCAGAAGCUGCAGGGCAAGCCACAGAGCCAUGAGCUGAAAGUCCAUGAGAUGCUGCAGAAGGGGUGGGACGCUGAAGGCUCUCCCUUCCGAGGCCAGCGAUUCGACCCAGCCAUGUUCAACAUCUCCCCAGGGGCUGUGCAGUUUUAAAACUGAAGGAAAGGAAGCCCUCGCCGGUGGGGAGCGGGCCUGGGCUCUCUCCUGCCAGGGCCUCGCUGUCUGGUUCGCCCUCGCCAGCGUGUCUUUUGAGGGUGAACCUGGCCUCUGCCCUGACCCUGCACUUCCAGACGGUUCCAGAGCAGGGUGGGCUGAGAGGGUGUUGGAGAGCAGGGGCCGUCCCAGCAGACACAGCUCUGGCCUCUGCUGCCCCCGUCACCCGAGCUCUGCCGGCUGCUGUUCGCGCUUUGCUUGCUUUUCUUGUUCCGGGGGCGGGGCAUGGGUGCCAGGCCGGCUGUUGAAGCUGGGCAGAGGCGCUGCGCUUCUGGGCAGUUUGAGGAACCCUCAGUCUUGACCUCUUGCUGGGCACAUUAUGUGCAGUCUCGCUUCUCCGCUUGUAAGCGUCCAGUGCCUGCCUUGGCCUCGUCGCAGAGCAGCGGAAACUGGAGUCCUGAUUGCCAGAUCUGGAUGUUGAGAGAGGGUCUCAUGGCCUCAAGCACAGCAGGAUCUGUCUGUCCUCUGACCAGGCGGCCCUGCUCCCACCGGACCCAGCGCUUUCUUCUCGUGGGACUGGUUCUCGUCCAAGUGCACCAGGCCGGGCUCCCUCAGAAGACCGCAGUCCCUGGGCCCUUCUUGCCUGAGGCCUGACCAUGCCACACACAGCUCACAGCUCUGCUCCCACAGCUCUGCUCUCAUCGCUCUCCCAGGGCCCGAAGCCUGCACCCCAAUCCUAGAGGGCCCUGUGUGCACGUCUCCAGGACUGUGGGGCUGCCCUGGUGGGCGGGCACCUUGAAGGUCUCCACACCCAGGAACCUGCUCUCCUGAGCUCUGCCUGCUCGGCUGGGGGAGGAGGAGCCUGGUCUGGGUCGUGGUCCUUAUGGAGGCUUCCGCCUUCACCUGUGUAGGUGGGAACUGGUUCAUCACAGUCUGACUCACAGGGUGACUGACGGCUCUAUAAGAAGCAUCCCUGGGUCCCUGGUCACUUUGAGCUGGAGGUGCAGAUACUAGGUGGCUGGCGGAAGUACCGCCAAGGGGACACAGAGCCGUGUUGUCUGCAUUCAUCACUGAGGCUGCUCAUAGAGCUGCCAGGACCGUUCUUCAGGGUCCCCAGGAUUUUCACGCCUAUCCCACAUAACAAAAGGUCUCAUGGCAGAUGUCUGCCUGAGAACCAUUCUCAUGUCUCCACCUCAUCCCCUCUCCCACCCGGUGCGGGGGUCUUCCAGAGUGACAAGGUGGGCUGUGGCACACCAGCACCUCGGCUAUUUGGUUGACUUCGGGAGCCGUGGACUCCGUGGUCAGUUGUCUUCUCUUGCCUGAUUUUAUUUUCAGUGUUGCAUCUCUUCCCACCCUGCCCACUCUAACAGUAGCAUACCCCAUCUGGGAGUGGUGGGCUGGGGGGGUCACUGGUCGCACACAGCUGAUUGCAGGUCAGCCUUGCCGUCUUGUGGAUAUCCUCUGCCCCUUGCUGCCGGCCUGGGCCCUGGAGCUGGUGCGCUCUACCUGUUUUCUCUCUUUAGACACGACAGCAGCAAAUUGGCCCCUGAGCUCCAUCAGCUGAGGUCCGCAGAAAGCAGGGUGCCCACCUGCGAAGUUGCCUCGUCUCCAGUGUUGGUUUGCAAUAAAUCUGUAUUUAAGCACUU